CCACCAACAUCUCAACUACUCUCUCUCGACUCGCAUCCCUUCGUCUAUCCAUCAACCUCUACCACACCAACUCCACAUCACCACAAUCACAAUGUCUGCUCCCAACGCCGGCCGUCAGUCCCCCGACCCCGAGCGCCAGCCCGGCGGACAGCAGCAGGCUGCCCAGGCCGAUCCCAACCAGGGCGCCGGCCCCGAGCAGGGCUCCAAGAAGGCCUCGGAUGACCAGAAGGCCAACCUGAGCUCCAACCCUACCCACCCGCUCGAGAAGGCCGCCGAGGAGAAGACUAGCAAGUCGUAGCCGGCUUCACACGGGAGGAUUGAUUUCUUUUUGGUGGCUUCGGCCAUCACG